AUGAAUUCAGAAAUGUAUUUUGCAACCACAAUGUUCCUCCUCUUUUUAUCAUACAUUGCGAUAACACUAUUUAGUAGAACCAAAAAACAUAUCAAUCUUCCACCGGGGCCUUCACUUCUUACCCUUGUGCGAAAUGUUUUUGAAUUAGGAAAAAUAAAACCACAACACUUGUUAGCCAAAUUUUCCAAAAUAUAUGGUCCAAUAAUGUAUUUGAAGUUAGGUCAAAUAACAACCAUUAUCAUUUCAUCACCCGAGUUAGCACAAGAAGUACUUCAAACCCAUGAUCUCUUCCUCUCUGACCGAACAAUUCCUCAAGCUGUAGCCGUUCUUGAUCAUCAACAUUUUAGCUUACCCUUCUUGCCAGCUUCAGAUCUUUGGAAAGAUCUUAAGAAAAUAUGCAAAAACCAUUUGUUUUCCAGCAAAACACUUGAUGCAAGUUAUCAACUUAGGUGUAACAAGCUUCGAGAAUUUUUAUGUGAUAUUGAUAGAAGCAGUAUAACGGGUGAAGCAAUAGAUAUUGGAAGAGCUGCUUUUAAGACAUCAUUGAACUUUUUGUCAAACACUUUUUUUUCAAUGGAUUUUGCUAACUCUGCUGGUGAAACUGAUGAGUAUAAAGACAUAAUUGAAAAUCUUGUGAGAGUUAUAGGAACACCAAACUUGGUUGAUUUUUUUCCCGUUUUAAGUGUGUUUGAUCCACAAGGUAUUAAAGGAAUAUCAGCUACUUAUCUUGAAAAGUUGUUGCAAAUCAUUGAUUCAUAUACCACCAAAAGAUUAAAGUUAAGAGAAGAGAAAAAUCAUGUCUCAAAUGGUGACAUGUUAGACAUGCUUCUCAACAUCACUCAAGAGAAUGGUCAAAUGAUGGACAGAACAAAGAUUAAACAUUUAUUUCUGGAUUUAUUUGUGGCAGGGACUGAUACAACUUCCUACACAAUAGAACGGGCCAUGGCUGAACUAGUUCACAACCCACAUGUAAUGUCAAAAGUUAAAGAAGAACUUGGGCAAAUAAUUGGUAUAGGAAAUUCAAUUGAGGAAUCAGAUAUUAGUAGACUCCCAUAUUUGCAAGCAGUAGUAAAAGAAACAUUACGUUUGCAUCCAUCUGCUCCACUUUUACUACCAAGAAAAGCUAGGAUAGAUGUAAAAAUUUGUGGAUACACUAUUCCACAAGGUUCACAAGUUUUAGUUAAUGAAUGGGCCAUGGGAAGAAAUCCUAGCAUUUGGGAUAAUCCAAAUACGUUUUUUCCUGAAAGAUUUCUUGGGUCAGAAAUUAAUUUCAAGGGCCAAAAUUUUCAACUAACACCAUUUGGUAGUGGGAGAAGAAUGUGUCCUGGCAUGCCACUUGCUGAACGAAUGUUGCAUACAAUGUUAGGAUCAAUGAUUAACUCUUUUGAUUGGAAAAAGAAAAAUGGAGAUAGAGACAUUGAUCAACCAUUACGAGCUAUUCCUAUUAGAGUAAAUAAAAUGUAA